UAAAAGGGGACGCUAAAGCUAUGCGUAGUCUUCCAAUUUCACCCUACUCCGCCCCCAUAUUAAGCACCAAAAGUAAGCAGAAAUUUCAUUCACCAUUGAAGAAGCACCGAAACCCACAAAUAAGAGCUAUGAGAGCCGUCGUCCAAAGGGUCGCUUCCGCCAGCGUCGAGGUCGAUGGCCGCAUUGUGUCGGAAAUUGGACCUGGUCUCCUCGUUCUCGUCGGACUCCAUGAUUCCGACACCGAGUCCGACGCCGAUUACAUUUGUAGAAAGGUUUUGAACAUGAGAUUGUUCACUAAUGAAAGCACUGGCAAAGGAUGGGACCAGAAUGUCACGCAACGUGAUUAUGGAGUUCUGCUAGUGAGUCAAUUUACGUUGUAUGGGUUCUUGAAGGGUAACAAACCAGACUUCCAUGUUGCAAUGCCACCACAUAAAGCUAAGCUUUUCUAUGAAUCUUUGGUUGAGAAAUUCAGAAAAGCUUAUAAACCAGAUGCAAUAAAAGAUGGAGUAUUUGGAGCAAUGAUGAAGGUUAGUUUGGUCAACGAUGGACCGGUAACGAUGCUGCUGGAUUCAUCACAACCAUCAAAGAAUACAACUGGAGUGGCAGAAGAAUCCUAAAUUAGUGGAUUGAAUACACUAUUUUGUUGGCACAUCUUUGUAGAAUUUGUCACAACAGCUAUUUUUUUGGAUAGCUUCAUG